AUGUCAGGAUGGAAUAUGACCUUCAACAUCUCUUAUACCACCUUCUUCUUAUUGGGCUUCCCAGGACUCAGGGAAUCACGGUCCCUUCUGAUCCUGCCAUUUUCCUGCCUCUACAUGGUGAUCCUCUCAUCCAAUGGCCUAAUCAUCUAUAUUGUGACCACCCAGAGGAGCCUGCACCAACCCAUGUAUAUACUCAUUAGUCUACUCCUGGCUGUUAACAUCUGCACUGCCACUACUGUGGUUCCUGCCAUGCUCUUCAGUUUCUCCACCCUCUUUAAUCGCAUCUCCUUGACUUGUUGCCUUGUCCAGAUGUUCUUCAUCUACUUUUUACUUCUUUUUGAUUGCAACAUCCUUCUGCUCAUGGCUCUGGACCGUUACGUUGCCAUCUGUUACCCAUUGCGCUAUACAGAAAUCAUGACAGGCCAGGUGCUGAUGGGGCUGGUGGGGGUAGCAGCCACCCGGAGUGUAGGUAUUGUGGCCCCUCUGAUAGUUCUAGCCUCAAGAGUCCACUUCUGCCGCUCCAAUGUGAUCCAUCACUUCACCUGUGAGCACAUGGCCUUGAUGAAGCUGUCCUGUGGAGACAUCUCACUGAAUAAGACUGUAGGACUUGCCCUUCGUGUCUCCAAUAGGAUCCUGGACCUGCUUCUUCUGGGAGCCUCCUACACCCGCAUCAUCCAUGCUGCCUUCAGGAUCUCCUCAGGGGGUGCUCGCUCAAAGGCUCUUCACACAUGUGGAUCUCAUCUGCUUGUCAUCUUCACUGUGUAUGGCUCUACUUUGUCUUCUUCAAUUGUGUAUCGUGUGGCUCGAACUGCAUCUCAGGAUGUACACAACUUAAUCAGUGCCUUCUAUUUGCUGAUCCCCUGCCUUGUCAACCCUGUCAUCUAUGGGGCAAGAACCAAAGAGAUCAGGCAAUGGUUAGCAAAGUUGUUCUGAACCACUACCCCAUAUCCCCUAAAAUGGACCUUCCAAUCUGAUGGCAACUGCCAUCCAUGGGGAGGGUUUAAGGUAGAGAAGAGACUCACGGAGAGUUUUCUGCUUAGGUCUGGCAGAAAAUCAGGGUUGAAUGACAGGGAUUAAAGUUGAAGUCCAGUCAGAAAAUAUCAAGACUAUACUUGAGUUUUCAACUCUUCCUCUAAAAUCACAUUCACAAAAGCUCAGAGCUAGAAGGUGUCUCAGACAUCAUUUAGUCCCAGAUUUUCUUGAACUGGCACUCUCUACAACAUCCCCACCAAGUGGGGAUUCCAUCAACCCCUGGAGACUCAGUACAGCAGGUGGACGAGGGGUCCUGAGACUUUCCUUCUUCCUUUUCCUUAAACCCAAGAACUCAGCCUUCACUGCAUACCUUUUAAGUUGAAUUGAGCAAGAGGGUCCCCUGUCUCUGUCCUGUUGUUAGAUUUGGUUUUCUGUCCCCUCAAAGCACUUCGUUUUUGAUUAGUGUGGAAGGAUUUUCCCAGAGGUCUGGACUUUUGCUGAUUCUAAGAAG